AUGUCGGAAUUUGGAAAAUUUGGGCCAUUAGUUGGAGCAAUUGACGAAGGCACUUCUAGUGCCCGAUUCAUAAUAUUUAAAGCAAAUUCAUCAGAAGUGGUCGCUGUGCACCAAAAGGAACUAGAACAACAUUUUCCUCAAGAAGGAUGGGUUGAACAAGAUCCACUAGAAAUACUCAAUGUUGUUACAACCUGCAUUGAAAAAGCAGUGGAGCAAUUAAUUUCCCUCGGUGGAAGUCCUAAGGAUAUAAUAGCAGUAGGUGUAACAAAUCAAAGAGAAACAACAAUUGUCUGGGACAAAAGUACUGGCAAGCCUCUCCAUAAUGCCAUAGUUUGGCUGGAUAUGAGAACAACUAGUACAAUAGAUAAGUUGUUAGACACUGUGCCCAACAAAACAAGAAAUACAAACUAUCUAAAGCCAUUAUGCGGCUUACCCCUUUCUCCUUACUUCAGUGCAGUUAAGCUGAGGUGGCUGAGCGACAAAGUUGACAUAGUUAAUAAGGCAAUGAAAAAGGGUACAUGUUAUUUUGGGACGGUUGAUACAUGGAUCAUUUGGAAUUUGACAGGGGGGCCCAAUGGUGGAAAGCACGUAACAGAUGUAACAAAUGCAUCAAGGACAAUGUUGAUGAAUAUUGAAACUUUGAAAUGGGAUCCUCUAUUGCUAAAAUUCUUCGAAGUGCCAAAGUUAGUUCUACCAGAAAUAAAGUCUAGUUCUGAGAUUUAUGGUUAUAUCGCAUAUGAACCACUAAAAGGCAUUCCUAUAUCGGGAUGCUUGGGUGAUCAGCAAGCCGCUUUAGUUGGCCAAAUGUGUAUGCAAAAGGGACAAGCCAAGGCCACAUAUGGGACUGGAUGCUUCGUACUCUACAAUACGGGCGAUAUACGCGUGAAUUCCAGUCGAGGCUUACUGACGACUGUCGCUUAUCAGCUUGGAAACAAAAGUCCACCAGUAUAUGCCUUGGAAGGCUCGGUAGCUGUCGCAGGAGCAGCUUUAAGUUGGCUCAAAGACAACAUUGGCCUAUUAGAGAGUGCCAGGAGUUCUCAGGAGCUGGCUGAGAAGGCUACAGAUAAUGGCAGUGUGGUUUUUGUUCCCGCGUUCAGUGGUUUAUACGCUCCGUAUUGGAGGCAAGAUGCAAGAGGAGUAAUUUGUGGCAUAACUGAAGACACAAAUUCAAAUCAUAUCAUUAAAGCAGCACUAGAGGCCGUCUGCUUCCAAGUACGAGACAUUUUGGAUGCUAUGAAUGAGGAUUGCGGUAUUCCAUUGCAAGUUCUUAAGAUUGACGGUGGCAUGACAUCGAACGUUUUCAUGAUGCAAAUGCAAGCGGAUUUAAUAGGUAUAAACGUAAUUAAGGCUGGUUUUACUGAAAGCACAGCGUUGGGCGCGGCCUUAGUUGCCUACUGGGGGUUAGACAGCACCAACCAGCAUGUACCGAUACCGAUGAUAAGCGGUAUCACGUACAACCCACAAAUAAGUGAAGAUGAACGCGACAUGAGAUACAAGCAAUGGAAAAUGGCUGUGGAUAGGUCUUUGGGGUGGGAUCAAAAUUGA